CCUAAUACUAAAUUCUCCUAAUUAGGUUUAAAAAAAGCUUUACGGGCAGCAGCCGAUCUUCCCACUCACGCGACGCGAUAAUCGUCGGGCAGCUUCCUCGUCACACUGCCGAACGCAAAGCCGAACGCAGCAGCGUCCGGAAGGAGACCCAGGGUUUCAAUGGCAAGCGAAGAUGCAUUGGACGAGAUCCCUCUAAGCAAGAGAUUGGAGAAGAUACAGCAUAUAGAGAUUGCGAUGUUCUAUCUUGAAUUGAAGAGCAUUCAAUACAACUUGAUCCAGACAUACACAGCAGCGUCACCAUAUUUUUUGCACGCAAGGACUCAAGACGCACCAGGAGAUGGUAGACGUCGGAAAGGUGAAAAUGGAGGUUGUGAUUGAGAAUUCAAGUUUAUCAAGUGAGGUAUUAGGAUUAGCGCGAGAAUAUGCGAAGCCUUGGUGUGAAUGUGAUUUUGUAUAUAUGUCUUUGAACACUGGGAACCACUGGAUGAUACUUGUGCUCGAAGUUGAAGGAAGGAAGAUAAGGGUUUAUAAUUCUAAAGGAAAGAAAGGGCAGACCAGUAGGGAAAUCUUUCCAUACAUGGCGUGUAUAUCAUCAUUGUUACCCAAGCUUCUUGACAUGUUGAAUGUGUAUGAAAAUCACUCGGAUGGGCCAAUGGGAGAUUAAAAGCUCUCAAUUGAUAUAAUUGAUGGGUGUCCUCAACAAAGAGACGGGUAUGUGGUAGUUAACUAUUAUGAUUUUGUGAGAGUGACCUUACAUGUGUUGAAAAUGUAGGCAGUACAAAAUGUUUACUGACUUUGAAUUUUUUAGACAAAUGCAAGUGUAAUUGUGGUAUGUUCGUAGUGAAAUUCGCAGAGUUUCUAAUGAUGGAUUUAAGCAUAAAUGAAGUGCAGUAAUGUGACAUGGAAGGUUACGGGG